AUCCCUUGGCAGUCAACCAAGCAAAAAGCACAGCUAGGCAAGCGACGUACCUGCUGGAUUUAUUCACAAAGUCAGCAGCAGAAUUGAAAGAUGACAAUUCCUUCUAGGCCAUGCUUUAUACAGGAACGUAGGUGUGUUAGGUUACACCAUUAUCAUUCUGAUAAGCAAAAUCCUAUCCCAUCCAUCCAGCAUAUUCAUUCUUCCACCUGGAAGGAUUAUGAUUCAUUAAAUUCUGAUGGAGAUGUAGUUACACAUAGUAAAUUUUAUUACUUUAAUAUUUAGGGCUUGAUCUUCCCAACAAAUGCAAACAUUAAGAUGAGGGCAGACUUAGAUAGAUGCACUGUUGAUAUCCUUUGUAGGUUUCAAUAUUCCAUAGUAUGCAUUGUGAUCCACUUAGCAACAUACAAGGGAGUUCUUUAAGUAGGCAGAUGUGAUGCCUUCUGAAUUAAUCUCUGAAGUUUCUUUGACAUGUUCAGAUUUAUCAUUUCCUUCUGCCUUUCUACUGUAUUGAUGCCUUGGAGUCCAACAGCAUUUAAUUUAUGCUUAAUAUUGAAAUUUGUUAACAAGAGUAGCUCACUGAAAUUGAGCAGACAGAUUAUUCAAAAUACCUGCUUGCUGCAGAAUCAACCUUACAAAAAACUGAAGAAAAAAACACUUUAAAAUUGUGAGCUUUCUUUUGGAUGUGUCUGUCUGAAAUAGUCUUUAAGGCCUCUACAGAGUUUUAGUAUAAUCUGUCAUGUGCAUAUCUCUAAAAUAAUGCUUACCUUAAAUGCAGUCUUGCAAUUAAUUGUGCCCAUAUUAAAUGUAGUUCUAUAUAAGAAACAUAAAAUUGGAGAACAUUUUUAUAGGGGUAUAGAUUUUAAUUAUUACAGAAAGGAAAACAGACUUCUUAAAUGGCUGUUACAUAAUUCUGGUGCUGACUUAGCCUUUAUUGUUUUUUCUUGCUACUGAAUACUCCAGAUCAGGAUGCACAAAGAAACAUGCUGACAGUGAUAGCUUAAGUGGUGGAUGCUGCUAUGGGAAAUACAUAAUGGUUGUUGAAAAGCAGACACUAUAACUGGAUUUAGUAUGACUAAAGCAUAGUUAAAGGAUAAAAUGUGAAACAAAGAACAAGAACUGAACAAUGACCAAGAAACUUGUGAGUUCCAGCUAAUAGGCUUCAUGUUCUUCAGGAGCAAAUCGAGUCUUUUUAAGUCUUGAGUCUCUGAAUUUCCAGGAAUAUGUUUUUGGAGGGUGGGAAGUGUUCCCUAUUGUCCAUCUUUCUCCUCCUUUCAACAUCUGUCUAAAUCUUUGGCAUAUUUAAAGUUAAUCUGAGGAGAUUUCCAGUCUCAGAGUGAUUUGAUGAAGUUUUUUGAUUUGUCAUCAAGGUAGCAAAUUGAAAUUGAGCAAUCUUUUUCAAAGGAAGAAUGAUAAGUUCCUGACUCUCAGUAAUGGCAUUAAGAAUGCACAGAACAACUUAAAAAUAAGAUGCUUUCCAUGCUAUCUCAGAUUAAUCCAUGUGCUGUCAUGCUCAGAGUUUACCAGAAGGGAGUGAAGACCAGAAGCCUGAGAAGUCAACUGACAUUCAAUCUUUGGGAUGGAAUGAAGCUGGUGAACUCAGGGAGAAAAACACACCUAAUGAUGAAAGCCUGAUGAAUGUGGAAUAUUUGCAGAACAAGAACUCUUCUAGUAAACCUAAACACAGAGAAAAUAAAUUGGAAGUUGAAAUAAGGAAAUUAGAUGUAGACAGACACAAGAAAAUCAAAACUCAAAAUGCAAAUACAGCCUUCUCAGAAAAGAGGUCUGUAGAAGAGAAUUCAUUUCCAGUAUCAGAGCAUGGAUUGGCAAAAAAGCUUUUGAGUCAGCACAAGAGAGCAACUGAGAAUAAAAUCUAUGGUUUGGACAACAGAAAUAGAAGCAGUGAAAAGCAGAGUGGGAAACACAGCUUAGAUCAGGGUCAGAAAUGUAAAGAUUUAGUGCUGGUUGCAGAAAUGGACUGUAGAGAUAAGGGUCAUAGCACAAAGAUACCUGGAAAAAACACUGAACUACAGAAAGUGUUCUGUGAAAAGGCAAAGAAAAAGGCCUCAUUUGCAAAAAAGGAAAAGCAAAGAAAAAGAGUCAAUGGUGAUGAAGAGAGAAGGAGCACAACUGUUAAGGUACCAGGGUAUUUAUGCAAUGCAAGUGAAACAGUUAAUUUCAGAAUGAUCCUAAAUCCAUCUAAAUCGACAUUCGAAUAGGGAAAUACGUCAAGCUCAAGUGAUUUAAAGUUGAUUGAAUAUCAUUUAAAUCAUGAAUAUGCUAAUUAUGCCACAAUUACUGUGUAUUUUGAGAUGUUUACAUUUCUGAAGUUCAUAUAAAUUUUUGUUUGUUUGUUUUGCAGUGCUAUUUAAUUGCCAUCCUUUUCUCCACCCAGCCAAUGCUCAGUG